AUCAACAAUUGUGUUGCAGCCUUUCAACCUCCUUGUUCGUCCUGCAACGUUGAGGUAUGUAUGUGCUGCGUUCUCGUAUAAAUUUCACGUCCAUCCUGACGACUCGUAGCAAUACAAUUGUAGCACAGCCGACGUUGCUGUCUGCCUUUUCAACCCGUGCUUGAGCCGGCGGAGCGCCCAUCAGACGCCAAAUGCAGACUCUAUUGUUUGGUGGUUCGAGAACAAUGACCUGCUCGAGCGACGUAAACACAAUGGAUAAUUCUUUCUCAAAUACUGGGGGCGAGGAAUGUCCGUUCCCACUCUUCUUCGGGUCUUUCGCUCUCUGGCUUUGCUUUCUAACGUCCGUCAACGACCCCCGAUACCAAUCUUUACGACGUCGCCGGUCGACUUUCAUUAUUGCCCAUGGCUACCUCACCUAAUACUCGUUGGAUGUCUCCUCCACCCGUUUACGACACUCACUCAACACCAACACAGUACACAACUCUCACACCUUAUCUCCAGCUAUCUCACAUUUUGUCUCUGACGUGGCUUGCUUAUCCCAUAAUUUCUCUCCUCUUCGUCGCCUUCAGACUUCAGUUAUCAUCUGCAGCGGCAGCAGAUGCAGCGGCGAACGCCAAGGAUGACCUUCUUACCAGCUGCAAGGCCGCAGAGACUGCUGCCACAUCCGCUGCCAGCAUACCUCGAUAUCUCGCCGUUGCUUCCAAUGCACAAAUCGCGGACGCAGUCAACGGAACUCUGAAUGCAGCCCGUGCAACCCUUGUCCUCGCAUUGACAAUAAUGGAAGUUAUCAUUAACUUUAUCAUUGACAUUUACCGCUCGACCUUCUUGUGCUUCCUCGAGCUUGUGGUACGGGGUGGUCUUUCCCUCAUUAUCGGUGCUGUGCAAGAGUUCAACUCCUUCAUCCAGAGUACUUUCAGUGGUCUUCGGACCUCCAUUCAGAACGAUGUGGCGGCAGCCAACUCGGCGAUCAAGACCGUUGUCGAUGCCGUCAACAAAGUCAAUCCGUUCAGUGAUAUAUCCGUUCCUCAGAUCAACGUACCGAGUCUCGAUGGACUUCAGAACGUGUCUCUUCCAUCGGAUUUCCAAGAUGCGCUGAUAAAACUGAACAACUCCCUGCCGACUAUAGCAGAGCUGAAGGACAAGGUGGAGUCUAUUGUUGACAAGCCGUUUGAGCUGUUAAAGAAGGAUAUAAAUGAUACCUUCAAUGGAAUCUCCUUCAACCAGUCCACGCUCCCCGUCCCUCAACAGAACAAUGUCGUAUUCUGCAACGACAUGGAUACUUCCGUCGUUGAUAACCUCGGCAGUGAUCUCGUCAAGAUAGCCAAGAUUGGUACCGUCAUCUUGGUCAUCCUCGCCCUCUUGUUGUUGGGAGCCCAUUGUGCGUUGGAGUGGUACAAGUGGCGUUGUAUGAAACAGCACCUCCAAUACACUCGGGAAGCAUGGACGACUGAUCCGACACUAUCCCAGUCCGGUUCCAAGUCCGCACCGACUAUCAUUAUGACCGAUCACAAUUUGCUCAUGUUGCAAGCAGCCUCGCAGCAUCCUUUGCUCACGAGGAUUGCUAACCAGAUGACAGCCUUACUCCGCCUCAGUCCGUCGCAGCACAUUCACCUCCAGUGGUUCUUCCACUACGUCUUCCACCCACCCGCCCUUGCCUGUUUCCUCAUCGGUUUCUUUGGCCUCCUCUCUGUUCAGAUUCAGCUGAUGGCUGUCUCGCCGCUAGCACACAAGUACAGCGAACAAGCCGUUGCGUCCGUGAACGAUUUCAGCAAUACAAUUGCGACCUCAAUGAACGAAAGCAUGUACAACCAGUCGUCUGCUUACGCUGCUGAUGUGAACGGGCGAGUGGACAGCAUCCAGUCCACGAUCAACGAUGGUCUGUUUGGUUGGGUCAAUGGUACCACUACGACUCUGAACGAUACCAUCAAUGCCUUCUACACCGAUAUCCAAGACGCCGUUAACACCGUAUUCAGCGGAACGAUCCUCGAGAGCCCCGUCCAGGAAUUCAUUCGGUGUUUCAUCGGUACCAAAGUUGACGCCAUCGAGAGCGCCUUGACUUUCCUUCAUGACAACCUCCACGUCGAUAUCCCCCGUGUGAACGAAACCGUCCUCGUUCUUUCCCCUGACAAUGUUAACGAAGUCACUCGACCUGUCGCUCUUGCCGCCAUCGGAGGUGGGAAUGGCGAAGGUAGUGACGAUGGUGGUCUUGUUGGCCGUCUCAUCAAUGCUUAUAUCAGUUCUCUCAAGAAGGAAAGAAUCAUGUUCGGGAUCUUCAUGGGUCUUUGGGGAUUCGUCGUCCUUAUCGCUCUGUGCAUUAUCUUCUGGCAUUCGUAUGGAAGAGAUUGGAUGAAGGCGUACAAGAAGCGGAAAUGGCAGAAAGAGCAGAGGGGUGGUACUGAAGGAAUGGUCGUUCCUUUCCGUGACCGCGAAACUGGUGAUGGUUUCGCUGGAGGCGUGGGAGGCGUCGACACAGAGAAGAAGCAGUCUGACUUGCCUUCAUUCUCUCCGUUGCCCAAUCCGAAGCCAAACUUUUUUACCUCUAUUCGCUCCCCGUCGUUCCAGAACAAGGAACCUCACCCGCUGAGUAUGCGGAACCCUGCAUACGAGAAGUCUUGGGAUAGCUUCCUUGAUCAGGCCAACACCAGCACCGACCAGACUGCACCAGCUCAAUCUAAAAGCUUCAAGAUCAGCGCACCCCAGAAAUUGGUGGCACUGAGUAGGAAGGGGCGAGAGAGGUUCAUUGGUGAUAAGGAAAGUUCCAACUCUCAGACAGAUCUUGUUGAAAGGGAUGCCCAGGCGGGCGAAUCCUCAUGGUUCCAACGGGUCCAAGGUGCAUUCUGGAGGAAGAAAAAUGUGAACGAUAAUGAGGUCUCGAAUGUCGUAGAGCCUGUUCCGACAGAGCGCGUACGCCCUCAACUUACCAUCUCCACUACCAACGCCUCGUCGCCAUCGACUAACCUCCCGACCAUUGACAGGCAAGGCAGCUCACAUGGACAACCUGUGCCCUCCUCCGCGUGGUCGGUCUCUCCGGGACCUCCUCCUAAACGCCCUUGGAUGCAGAACAUGGUGUCUAAGAAGGGUUCUUUGUCAAUUCCCUUCCAGCCCAAGUCUCGGCGAACUGCUAGUGUCCCUUCAGACGUCAAUUCCAUUCGCGAUUCCUUCAAUGUGACAAUGCCUCAGUCCGAAAUGCGUUUCGCUGUUCCACUUCACCAUGGGUUUGAGAAACCUGUUCCGCCUGUUGUAAGAUUCCCCACGCCUCCUCCGAUGAACUCGCCUGUGUAUGGUCUGGAUCACGAUACUCACCUCUCGCCGCCUCCAAAACAUCCUAAGCUUGGCAAAAAUCCUCUACCUCCAGUCAAGCCGGUGGAUCCAUUCGUGACGCCUUUUGAUGACGAGAAUCGGGUGGCCGUAUCUUCUCCGACUGAACCUCCGGUUACAGCCUCCUCUGAGAGAAGGCAUACUAAUCCGUUUAUUGCAAUGGCUAUAUGACAGCCAGCAGCGGCAUGACAGGCUAUUCUCUUCACGACCUUCUAUUAUAUAUAUCACCAAGCCUAAUGCUUCUCUCAUUGUCGGACAGUCGCAUCAUGCUGUAUCUAUAGCCUUGUACAUAUCACGACUAACUAUCCUUUGUAGCUUUAUCAUUUGUAUAAUGCGAUGCCUUGCUUUCUUUUCCUAUUUGUUUUCAGGGCAUAGAACCUGAGCCGAAAGAUGUGGAUUUGUGCAUUCUACACAUUAAUAUUGAAAAGUCUUCAAGUCCGCCGAAGUAACUAUAGUACUUGUGGCAGAAGAGCGGGUAUACAGAGUUCUCCUUG